AGUGCACUCAGGAGCCAUCCUUCAGAUAAUAAUCAGCAACAUACCUCAGGGGACACAUACCGGCUGAUGAGAUUCAGAUAGGCUGAUUUUCAAAAGAAAAAAGGAAGCUCUGAGCCUGGCCGUGCUGUAGCUUAUAACUCCGCCUCUCUGCCCAGAACCAUGCCCCCCCAGCUACUCUCUCAGUCCCAAUCCGGUGUGCGCGUGCUGCAGGGCGACCUGGCCGCCCUCAGCCCGGCCCUGCGCGAGUUCAUCGAGAGCAGCGCCACCCUGUGCCAGCCCGAGGCGCUGCACAUCUGCGAUGGCUCCGAGGAGGAGAGCGCCGCCAUCCUGGCACAGCUGGAACAGCAGGGCAUGAUCAAGAGGCUGCCCAAAUACCAGAACUGCUGGUUGGCACGCACAGACCCGCAGGAUGUGGCCCGUGUCGAGAGUAAGACGGUGAUUGUGACACAGGAGCAGAGGGACACCAUACCCUCCCCCCAGGAUGGGGGUCCCAGCCAGCUCGGCCGCUGGAUGUCCCAAGAGGAGUUCGACAAGGCCAUGAACCAGCGCUUCCCUGGCUGCAUGAAAGGUCGCACCAUGUAUGUGAUCCCCUACAGCAUGGGCCCGGUGGGGUCCCCGCUCUCCAAGGUGGGCGUGGAGCUGACGGACUCCCCCUACGUGGUGGCCAGCAUGCGGGUGAUGACCCGAAUGGGCAAGGCCGUCCUGGAGGCGCUGGGCGACGGCCAGUUCGUGCGCUGCCUCCACUCCGUCGGCUGCCCGCUGCCCCUCAAAAAGCCACUGGUGAAUAACUGGCCCUGUAACCCGGAGAUGACGCUGGUGGCCCACAUCCCCGACCGCCGGCAGAUCGUCUCGUUCGGCAGCGGCUACGGCGGGAACUCCCUCCUGGGGAAGAAGUGCUUCGCGCUGCGCAUCGCGUCCCGCAUUGCCCAGGAGGAGGGCUGGCUGGCCGAGCACAUGCUGAUCUUAGGCAUCACCAGCCCCGAGGGGCAGAAGAAGUACUUCGCGGCCGCCUUCCCCAGCGCCUGCGGGAAGACCAACCUGGCCAUGCUGUGCCCCACCCUCCCCGGCUGGAAAGUGGAGUGCGUCGGGGACGACAUCGCUUGGAUGAAGUUCGACGAGGAAGGCAAUCUGAGGGCCAUCAACCCAGAGAACGGCUUCUUCGGCGUGGCCCCCGGCACCUCUGCCAAGACCAACCCCAACGCCAUGGCAACCAUCUGCAAGGACACCCUCUUCACCAACGUGGCUGAAACCAGCGACGGGGGCGUGUACUGGGAGGGGAUGGACCAGAAACUUCCGGAAGGGGUGGCCGUGACUUCCUGGAAGAACAAACCCUGGACGCCUGAGGAAGCUGAGCCCUGUGCACACCCAAACUCCCGCUUCUGCUGCCCAGCCCGCCAGUGUCCCAUCAUCGACCCUCAGUGGGAGUCCCCCGAGGGGGUCCCCGUGGAGGCCAUCAUUUUCGGAGGGCGUAGGCCCCAAGGUGUGCCCCUGGUGUAUGAGGCCUUCGACUGGCAGCACGGAGUGUUCAUCGGUGCCGCCAUGAGGUCGGAGGCCACAGCUGCAGCUGAACACAAAGGCAAGGUGAUCAUGCACGACCCCUUCGCCAUGCGGCCCUUCUUCGGCUACAACUUCGGCCGCUACCUGUCCCACUGGCUGAGCAUGGCGCGGCGCCCCCGCGCCCGGCUGCCCAAGAUCUUCCACGUCAACUGGUUCCGCAAGAGCCCGUCCGGCGGGUUCCUGUGGCCCGGCUUCGGCGAGAACAUCCGCGUGCUGGAGUGGGUCUUCCGCCGGCUGGACGGCAAGGCCGGGGCCCAGCCCUCCGCCGUGGGGCUCCUGCCGGCCCCGGGGGCGCUCGACCUGAGCGGCCUGGAUGAGCCGGUGGACCAGGAGGAGCUCUUCAGCCUGCGCAAGGGCUUCUGGGAGCAGGAGGUGCGGGAGAUCCGGGCCUACUUCCGGACGCAGGUGAACGACGACCUGCCCGCCGAGGUGGAGCGGCAGCUGGACCUGCUGGAGCAGAGAGUUGAUCGGCUAUGAGGAGAGAGAGAGAGAGAGAGAGCCAACUGACCAGAAACUUCGGCCCUACGACUCUAUGACACACCAUACAGCCUGCAUAACUACGAUAUGCAUUAAGCAUGGCAUAACCCUGUCAUAAGCACGACAUAAUGCCUGUCAUAACCAGCUGCGACAGAGUAGUACAGCUUGUGACAGGUGUCAUAAUAUAUUUAUUUUUCCUAAUAUAUUCCUUUCUGGUUAUAACAGGUGGUAUGUCAUGCUAAUGACAGUGUAAUGGAGACUAUAUGAGAUACAGUUCAACCCAAGUGUCAAAAAAAGCACUAAAUUGCAAUUAUAAACUUACUAUAAGUAUUGUUUUUAUUCAAGCUGAAAGAUUGGUAACUGAGGAAGGUUAGGAAAUAGAAAUAAUAUGUUGAGUAAAUGAGUAAAAAUAUGAAUACUUUUGAUUUUAGGAAAUAAAAUGCCACAACCUGGUAAUUUAGCAAUCUGUUAAAAUGGAAUUGGAAUGUAAUGAUAGAAGAGUAGUGAGAAGUACUGUGUCCAGGGACAGUGCUGUGCAUUAACCCUUUAAGGUGUAAGAUCACAAAUAUGUGAUUGGAAUGUUCUCAACUGAACAUUCUAAUGCUGAUGUAACAGUCACUGCUGGUAACUGAAAGCAACAGAGUUCUAGAACACUGACUUAGAAUUCUGAAAAGAAAACAUUCCAAAAAACCUGCUCUUCAAAGGGUUAUAAUAGUGAGAAAGGAAGUCUGAUGUACUGAAUGUGUGUUUCACCAUCUGAGCAGGUCCAUAAAGCACAGGGACAUGCACAGACAGUAACUCGCUGUCGGUACAACUUCCUCACACCUCAGUGUGCGGGACCUCGUCUUGCUGUUGUAUUUUAUUUAAAAUAAAGUUUUAAUUUAUUUUUGUAUACCAUUAACUGUCUGGUUUAUUUUAUUGUUUUAAUCUGUUCCCUAUCCAAAAUACGAUUAAGAUGGCUAGGGGCAUUAAUAAAUAUUAUUUUUGAACAUA